AUGGAGCAACUUGCCGCGACGCUUCUAUCGUUCCCUGAAUCCAACAGUGCCAAUUCCAGCCUGGUCGACAACGUCACCUUUGACACGGCAGCGAAGCUCCAUGUUAGCAAGCUCUCAAAGUUACUUAAAGAUCAUAAUGCUUCACUAGUUACCCAUGGCCCCGGUCUCAUCGAUAUUCUUGACCCGGCCGUAAAUACCUUAUCAUAUAUCGCCGUCCUUCAUACCCUCAUCCUUCCCGCCCUAGACUCAUCGAUUCCUCGCGAUACUCUUCUGAGCAAGUUUGUGAACUUUUUAUACGUCUUUGAUGCGCGCCAGGCCCGAUAUGCUAGAAGUCACUUGCAUGACAUCUUGCUGGCUGCUGGAAGUGGUCAAUAUUUGCCGCCUUCAGUUUCUGUUCGUGCUCUUGCAACAGCUAUCCUGCGACUCGACCCGACCGGAAGCAUGCUCACCAUGUCCCAUUUUCAACUUGUCAAACUUGCCUACCAGACAAACAACAUCGAACCGGCCCUUCCAGUACUAGAUAAGAAUAUCGUAUACUUCCCCGGUAUGGCUAGCUACGGCGAGCCCAGAUUCCUCUGCGAUUUAUCCUUAUCACCCCCAGCCUACCUCUCUCGAGAAACGGGGCUCACUACCAACUUGAAACCUUCCUUGAUCCUAGAAUAUGAUAUGUUUCGCGGUAUGUCAUACUGUGCCUUAAGAGAUUGGGCAAAAGCCUAUGCGGCCUUCGAAAGGGUCGUCACAUAUCCUACGCGCGAAGGUGGCGUAAGCAAAAUCAUGGUCGAGGCUUACAAAAAGUGGGUGCUGGUGAGCUUGCUCUCUACAGGAAAGCUUUCAGACCCUCCAACAUACACCGGGGCCGCCGCGAACAAGCUCUAUGGAAAUAUCGGAAAGCCAUACACAGCGCUCGCGGUGAUAUUCGUAGCCAGGAGUGCCCAGGCACUAAAGGCCGAGGUUGAAAAGAACACACAACUGUGGCUGGAAGAUGGAAAUACCGGGCUGGUCCAGGAAGUCCUCGCGGCGUAUCAAAAAUGGCAAGUUCUAGGCCUAGAGCAGAUCUACUCAAAGAUUUCGCUCUCCGAGAUUCGUAAACAGACCACAAGUGCGGAGACAGGAGAUAUGCUCCAGAAGGAUGAGGACGUGCAGACUCUUGUCCAAAACAUGAUAAUAUCCGGUAUGUUGAACGGGGUGAUUGAGAAGAACGACGACGGCACGGAUUUCCUUACCUUCUUAUCUUCGUCUACCCAACUUUCAGAGAAGGAGUUCGCUACGGAGCUCGCUGGAACAGCAACCCGAUUGAAGCAACUACAGCCCAUCUUCAAGACGACAAAGGAGCGCCUGGGCACUAGCAAGGAGUACAUCAAGCAUGUGGCUAAAGAGAAACUCCGAGGUGAUAAAAUUGAUCCGGAUCCAACCCUCGCAUUUGAUGCUCAUGUGGAUGACGAAGACUUGAUGGGUGGCGUAGUUGCUACUGGCUGA